AUGUCCGAAACUGACGAGCAGGAAGUGCAGCCUGUGUGGUCAAGACUAUUUCUGCGGCGACCCAUGCCAAGCGAGAAGUUCUGUAGCACACCUUUCACCUGCUCGAGACGACCACUCACUUUGGCUGACUACCUCUGGGAUUCACUUGUGAAAGAUCAUAUGCCUUCAGAUGAAGAUGUCCUCGAAGAUUUUGGAUUCAACAAUACCCAUCGCGGCCGGUAUUUUCCAUGGUUCUUGGAGAACCUUCAUGUACUUGAUCAACCAAUAAGCAAGGAAGAGGCGCAACAAAAGCUUGUAGUGACCUUUUACGACAAAGCUAAGCCAUAUUUGGAUGUUGAAGAUCGGAGCAAGGUAUUUGGGGAUCUAAAGCCACAGGCGCAGAGACACAGCUACCACUUGCUGGCAGAGAUGCAACAUAGAUGGAGCCCAAAUCCGGUUGAGGAGAAUUGGUACUCGUUCGGUUUUGUCACCUGUCGCAACCGGAGUGAGGAGCGCACACUAUUAGGCCUCUAUCAGCUGCUUCUCAUUCCAAACGACGAAUCCUCUUUGUACAGAAUCCACAACCGUCAGCAAGGAACCAUGCCACCCGUCCCAUUCACAGAGUUUUGGAAAGCGUACGAGUCAAAAUCCCUGAUCAUGCUCAUGGAUGCGAAAGGUCUGAGGGAGGUUCGAUCUAGGCUUCCAUUCCUCGAGGUCUUCUUAUCUGCGCCCACGUCGAUCAUCCGUCCUUCUGUGUGGGACUUGAAGCAGUUUCUGGAAAUCAGAAACCCCGUUGAAAAUCCGCCCACGUCAUCUGGUCUUAGGGGUAGCGAAUCAUCUCAAGCAUCACGAAGCCUGUGUGGCUAG